GAGGAGGAGGAGAGCGGGCCCCGCAGAGCAGCCCUGCCCGGUCCCGGUGCUGAUUCCCCGGGAGACAGCGGGGAAAGGCCGGGCGGCUCCGGGGCUGCCGGAGGGAUGAGCCCAGGGGGACCCCGGGAAAGGCGUCUGCCCGGGGGCCGAUGUGGGGAGGAGGACACGGGCGGAGACCCCGAGACGGGCCUAGAGGGCAGACCCGGGAAUCCCCAGAGGAUCCAGGAGGGAGGAAAGAGAUAUCGGUGCCCGGAAUGCGAAAAAUCCUUCAAAAGGAACGACCAUCUUGAAAAACAUCUAAGGAUCCACGGAUUUGGAAACCCACACAAAUGCUUUGAGUGUGGAAAGAACUUCACUCGGAGAGCGGAUCUUAAUCAACAUCAAAGGAUCCACACAGGAGAAAAACCGUAUCAAUGCCUGGAGUGUGGAAAGAGCUUCAGUCAGAGGAGCACCCUUGAGGCACAUCAAAGGAUCCACACCGGAGAGAAACCAUUUAAAUGCCUGGAGUGUGGAAAGAGCUUCAGUCAGAGCAGCAGCCUUUAUAGACAUAGAAGAAUCCACUGGAGAGAGGAACUGAAUAAAUGUCUGGAGGGCGGAGAGUCCUUUGAAAGUCCUGGGAAUCCCCAAAGGAUCCAGGAAAGAGGAAAGAAAUACAAAUGCCCAGAAUGUGAAAAAUCCUUCAAAACAAAUGGACAUUUUCAAAGGCAUCAUCUAAGCAUCCAUUCCGGAGAGAAGAAAUACAAAUGUCCAGAAUGUGAAAAAUCCUUCAUAACAAAUGGACAUUUUGAAAACCAUCUUAAAAACCACUCAGUUGGAAACCCAUAUGAAUGCUUUGAGUGUGGAAAGAACUUCAGUCAGAGAGGAGAUCUUAAUCAACAUCAAAGAAUCCACACAGGAGAAAAACCUUAUAAAUGCUUUGAGUGUGGAAAGUACUUCCGUCACAGGAGCAGCCAUGAGAGACAUCAAAGAAUCCACACGGGAGAGAAGCCAUUUAAAUGUCUGGAGUGUGGAAAGAGCUUCAGUUGGAGAGGAAACCUUUACACACAUCAAAAAGUUCACUCAGGAGAAAAACCAUAUGAAUGCCUGGAGUGUGGAAAGAGGUUUACUGAGAGUUCAGGCCUCUAUCAUCAUAAAAAAUUCCAUACUGGAGAAAACCCAUAUAAAUGCCUUGAAUGUGGAAAGAGCUUCAGUGCGAGAAGAGACCUGCAUAGACAUGAAAUGAUUCACACAGGAGAAAAACCUCAUAAAUGUCUGCAGUGUGGAAAGGGCUUCACUCAGAGAGGAAACCUUGAUGUACAUCAAAGAAUCCACUCAGGAGACAAACCAUAUAAAUGCCUGGAUUGUGACAAGGCUUUCUCUUCAAAGAGAACCCUUGAUUCACAUCAAAGGAUCCACUCAGGAGAAAAACCACAUAAAUGUCUGCAGUGUGGAAAGGGCUUUGAUCAGAGAGGAAAUCUUUACAUACAUCAAAGAACCCACUCGGGAGAGAAACCAUAUCAAUGCCUGGAUUGUGACAAGAGUUUCUCUUCCAAGAGAAAUCUUUAUUCACAUCAAGGAAUCCACUCGGGAGAAAAACCACAUAAAUGUCUGGAAUGUGGAAAGAGCUUCAAUCGGAGAGGAAACCUUUACAUGCAUCAAAGAAUCCACACUGGAGAAAAACCAUACAAGUGUCUGGAGUGUGGAAUGAGCUUCAAUCAUAGGAGCAACCAUGAUAGCCAUCUAAGAAUCCACACCGGGAAAAAGCUUCAUAAAUGCCUGGAGUGUGGAAAAUCUUUCAAAAGAAAUGACCUUCUUCAAAAGCAUCUAAGCAUCCACACCGGAGAAAAGAACUAUGAAUGCCCAGAAUGUGAAAAAUCCUUCAGAAUAAAAGACCUUCUUCAAAGCCAUCUAAAAAUCCACACAGGAUUAAAACCUUAUAAAUGCUUUGAGUGUGGAAUGAGCUUCAGUCAUAGCAGCAGCCUUUAUAGACAUCAAAGGAUGCACUCAGGAGAAAAACCUCACAAAUGUCUGGAGUGCGGAAAGAGCUUCAGUCAUAGCAGCAGCCUUUAUACACAUCAAAGGAUCCACACAGGAGAGAAACCAUUUAAAUGCCUGGAGUGUGGAAAGAGCUUCAACGUGAUUGCACGCCUUUAUAGACAUCGAAAAAUUCACUCCGGAGAAAAACCAUACGAAUGCCUGGAGUGUGGCAAGUGCUUUACUGAGGGUUCAGGCCUCUACCAUCAUAAAAAAAUCCAUACUGGAGAGAAACCCUAUAAAUGCCUCGAAUGUGGAAGAAGUUUCAGUGAGAGAAGAGACCUGCGUAGACAUGAAAUGAUUCACACAGGAGAAAAACCUCAUAAAUGUCUGGAGUGUGGAAAGAGCUUCAAUCGGAAGGGAAUCCUUUACAGACAUCAAAGAAUCCAUUCAAGAGACAAACCUCAUAAAUGCCUGGAUUGUGGCAAGGCUUUCUCUUCAAAGAGAAGCCUUGAUUCACAUCAAAAAAAUCAUUCGGGAGAAAAACCACAUAAAUGGCUGCAGUGAGGAGCGAGCUUCAAGGGAAGGAAAGCCUUUACAUACAUCAAAGAAUCAAAGAAUAAGAAUGCUCUGAAUGUGGAAAAUCCUUCAUAACAAAUGGACAUUUUGAAAACCAUCUAAAAAACACUCCGUUGGAAACCCACAUAACUGCUUUGAGCAUGGAAAGAGCUUCUGUCACAGGAGCAGCCUGUGUUUUCAUCAUGGUGAUAGUACUGGAAUGUGUGGAACAAUUCUUGGUCUCUGUUUUGUGGCCAGAAUCUAUUUUUACGAGAGGGCAGUUUCUGGUUCCAUAUUCUCCUUCAGGAAGGGUUUCAGUUGGAACCAGGAUUGGCCCAGAGACGGGGGACCUGGUAGACCAGCUUGGAAGUAAUGAAGGCUGGACUUGGACAACAGGCGAAGCCCCAAAUAAUGUUCUUUUCAACACUGCCACACCUAUGUGUUCACGAUUUAUAUUUUGUUUCCUAGUAUGAUUUGGUUGCUUAUUUAGUAUCCUAUGACUAUCACUGAGGGUUGUAUCUUAUGACUCUUGAUGAAUGUAUUUUUAUGUAUUUGAUGAAUGUAUUAUUUACACUGACAGCGUAUGCCCCAAAGACAAAUUCCUUGUGUGUCCAAUCACACUUGGCCAGUAAAGAAUUCUAUUUUUUCUAUUCUAUUCUUAGGACAUCUGAAUGUGGGUGUUAGAUCCUAUGGAGAGAGUAGUGUUGUGUGAAUCAAAUCAAAAUUUAUGGGGCUGGCCAGGACAUCUCAAGUUUUGGAGCAUCUUGGCCAGACUACCUGGGCAGGUUGUUGUGAGGCUGUAAUUGGGUGAGAACCAGCGCCCCACCACCUUGGC